CAGACUCCUCCCCCUCGGAGGGACCUCGCAUUGAAAUGCUGCAAAUGACUGGGCCCCGCGUGCAGUCGCCGCCGGGCUGUGCGAAGCCCGAGGUUGCCGCGCGGACACUGCGAACAGGGGCCGGCAGCCGGGGCCGGGCGCCGCGGAGAGCAUGAGGCUGUGCUGGCUGCCCGUCCUGCUCCUCGCCGCGGAGAUGCCUGCAGUGGAAGGCAAUUGUGAGAGAAAUGAGUUCCAGUGCCAAGAUGGGAAAUGCAUCGCCUACAAGUGGGUUUGUGAUGGGAGGGCCGAGUGCCAGGACCAGUCUGAUGAAUCCCAGGAGACAUGUAAGUCUGUCACCUGUAAGGUGGAGGACUUCAGCUGUGGGGGUCGUGUCAACCGUUGUAUUCCUGAGUUCUGGAGAUGUGACGGCCAGAUAGACUGCGAGAAUGGCUCGGACGAGCAAGGCUGUUCUAUGGCCACGUGCCGGCCUGACGAGUUCCAGUGCUUUGACGGGACCUGCAUCCACGGCAGCCAGCAGUGUGACAGGGAGCAUGACUGUAAGGACAUGAGUGACGAGCUUGGCUGCAUCAAUGUGACUCUGUGCGAGGGCCCCAACAAGUUCAAGUGCCACAGUGGCGAAUGCAUCACCAUGGACAAAGUGUGCAACUCGGUCCGGGACUGCCGGGACUGGUCCGAUGAGCCCCUCAAGGAGUGUGAGACCAACGAGUGCCUAACCAACAAGGGUGGCUGCUCCCACCUCUGCAAAGACCUCAAGAUUGGCUACGAGUGCUUGUGUCCUGAGGGCUUCCGGCUGGCGGACCAGCGAAGAUGCGAAGAUAUCGACGAGUGUGAGGACCCCGACACCUGCAGCCAGCUCUGUGUGAACUCCGUGGGCAGCUACCAGUGCAAGUGUGAAGAGGGCUUCCGGCUGGACCCCUUCACCAAGGCCUGCAAGGCUGUGGACACCAUCGCCUACCUCUUCUUCACCAACCGCCACGAGGUGAGGAAGAUGACGCUGGACCGCAGCGAAUACACCAGCCUCAUCCCCAACCUGAAGAACGCGGUCGCACUGGACGUGGAAGUGCACGCCAGCAGAGUCUACUGGUCCGACUUGUCCCAAAGGAAGAUCUACAGCACCCAGAUCCACAGAGAGUCCAACUCCUCCUAUGACACCAUCAUCGACAAGGGCCUGCAGGCCCCCGACGGGCUGGCCGUGGACUGGAUCCACGGCAACCUCUACUGGACGGACUCCAUGCUGGGCACCGUCUCUGUGGCCGACACCAAGGGCGUGAAGAGAAAGACCCUCUUCAAGGAGAAAGGCUCCAAGCCGAGGGCCAUUGUGGUGGAUCCCCGUCACGGCUUCAUGUACUGGACGGAUUGGGGGACCCCUGCCAAGAUCAAGAAGGGGGGCCUGAAUGGCGUGGACAUUCACUCACUGGUGACAGAGGACAUCCAGUGGCCCAAUGGCAUCACCCUGGAUCUUUCCAGCGACCGCCUCUACUGGGUCGACUCGAAGCUCCACUCCAUCUCCAGCAUCGACCUCACUGGGGGGCACCGGAAGACAAUUUUGGAGGACAAGAAGCGGCUGGCGCACCCCUUCUCCUUGGCCAUCUUUGAGGAUAAAGUAUUUUGGACGGAUAUCAUCAACGAAGCCAUUUACAGUGCCAACCGCCAUACGGGGUCCGACAUUAGUCUGAUGGCAGAAAACCUGCUGUCCCCGGAGGACAUUGUCCUUUCCCACCGCCUCACACAGCCGAAAGGGAUAAACUGGUGUGAGACAACUUUCUACUCCUACGGCGGCUGCCAGUACCUGUGUCUCCCGGCCCCACAGAUCAAUUCCUACUCACCCAAGUUCACCUGUGCCUGCCCUGAUGGCAUGUUGCUGGCCGAGGACAGGAGGAGGUGCCGCCCAGAACCUGUAGUGACCACCCGGGGACCCAACAUGACUCGCUCCACUGUGACCACUCCUGAGCUCACCACCGCCAAGAUGGUGACGAAGGCCCCCCCGCAAGCCUCGGAGGACAUUCCCAUCAAAGAGGACAAGACGGAGAGGCCCCGGGGCGUGGGCUGGCUCUACAUUGUCCUCCCCAUCGUGCUGCUCACCCUCCUGUGCUUCGGGGCCUUCCUCCUCUGGAAGAACUGGCGGCUGAAGAGCAUCAACAGCAUCAACUUUGACAACCCCGUGUACCAGAAGACCACGGAGGACGAGGUGCACAUCUGCCACAGCCAGGACGGCUACACCUACCCCUCGAGACAGAUGGUCAGGAUGGAGGAUGACAUGGCAUAAGCCGCUGCCUCCAGUCCUGCCUCUCCCAGAACCUGCUGCUGGUCAAGGGCAGGAAGAACACUUUCUCCCCAAACCCUUGACCUUUCCAAAACCCUUCUUCAGACCUCCGGCACCCGCCCGUUCCGUUCAGAGAAAGAAGCGGCCAAAGCCCUGCUGGCAGCUGCCCCCGACGCUGGCAGCCACGGGCCUGUCUGCCAGAGCUUUGUUUUAUAUAUUUAUUCGUCUGGGAGGCAGGCGACAGAGCACACGGAAUGGGUUUGGGUUGAAAUAUUUUUCUUGACCUUUUCUCCUCGAUUGGCUCCUCACCUGAGGAACGAACGGACAGAGGGACACCAAGCAAGAGAAAGCAAGCGGCUUUGAAUCGAGAGCAGGUGAUGCCCACAGGGUCCCAGGCAGCUGCCAAGCCUUAACCUCAGGAGUAAAUGUGUUUACCUCUGCCUCGCCAGCCUCGGUGGACGCCAGAGUCGGCUUCUGCUCUGCCUCCCCCGUCCCCCCACCCCCAUCAGGAUGAAAUCCGUUUCCUACGCCGAGUCUGUGCCCUCUCCUUCAGCCGGAAAGGGACUCUGGCGCUGGCGUGGACAUGGCGGAAUCCAGCACACCGGGGCGGCCAACGGAGCCCAUUCAUUCAACAAAACCACAACAGUCCCCCAGGGAAAGCCUGAGCACCCUUUGCCCUUAAUAUUUAUCGAGUGCCCGCGAUCCCCGGGCACCUUGUGUGUGAGGAUAAGUGCCCUCCGACCUCUAGCAGUGUCCUUCAGCCCAGCCGUGCCCCCGCCCCAGCCCCUCCACGUGCCCGUGCACUUUUCCCAUUCAGGUUUGUACAUCUGUAAAGACUACAAUUCCUUAUUUUGCACUGUUUUCUGGUCCGACGAGGAUGGGCUCCCAGGUCGGAGAGGACCCGGGAGCGGGGAGGGGAUGCGGUGCCGUCUUGUGGCCUUUCUCCCAGCGCUUCAAAGCCGAGAGGUGAUCAACUGGCCAAUGUUCCCACCUCUAUGCACCUGUCCCUGAGCCAUUCCCCUCCCCGACAGGACAGUAGUCACGGAUGGGUGUUCCAGCCCUGAGACGGGGGGAGGGGGUCAUCAUAUGGGGCUUAUG